UCCGCCCACGACGUUACUACUGACUAACAACUGUUCAUGUGAACACUCGCUUAUGCAAAAGGUUCCAUCUUGGCUUUCUUUUUGUGCCUUUCUGGUCUAUACAGCCUCUGUGUUAUUUUCCUCCAGCUGUGGCUUCUAGGUCUUUGGGAGAAAGUUUGGCACUUCUUGGGCAUUUAGGGAUCUGGAGCUGUUUGGAGUUUGGUACUGCUCUGUGCUGAUUUGGUCAAAGCAGAAAUGCCACAUACCCCUCGUCAGCGCUUACAGCCUCGAGCCCCAGUGUGGUCAGAGUCAGAAACCCGGGAUUUCCUAGCCCUUUGGGGUGAGCUGUUGAUUCUGCGGUGGAUUGAAAACCGGCCACCAAACAGUGACAUCUAUGAAGACCUUUCAGCCCAAAUGGUUGCCAGAGGUCACGAACGCAAUGCUUCGCAGUGCAGGAACAGGGCUCGGGACCUGAAGCGAAGUUAUCGGAGAGCCAAGGAUGCGCAAGUAUGUGCCGGAGCGGAACCGGUUUCUUGUCGCUACUUUCGAGAGUUGGAUCAGAUGUUUGGCGGUGAAAUGGAUGGCGUAGGCAAUCGAAAUCUGGCUAACAUGGAUGGGCCCAUCCGGGUGGUUGUGAAAUCAGAGGAUGCAGAAGACAUGGAAGCUCAAGUCUCUGAAGAAGAGGGCAACCAAAUGACCCCACCUAACACUCUCUCAAGCAUGGACGCCGACACAGACACCGAAACCGAACCAAACGUGGGGAUUUCGCGAGAGCUGGCGGCCGCAGAUCCGGAAGUGAUUGAAACUACAAUAGGGGAGGCGUGUUCCGAAGACAAAGCAGGGUCUUUAUGUGGACAACCAGUUGCUGGCCCCAGUGAAGAUGGACAUCAUACUGUGACAGGAAGAGGCAGGCGAGAGAAUCCCCUGGGGCGCCCCCUAACAACAGCUGAAAGAAUGGCAUCCAUGCGGGAGAGGAAGAGACGAUCCCACGAAGAAAUGAUGCACGAGAUCAUGACUGACUACCGGAGGACCUGGGAGACCAUGGAGGCACUUCAUGAGAGGGGCGAAAUCAGUGCCGGGGAGUUUCGUGAGGCAAUGCUGAGGGAAAUGCUUCUGGACAGGGAGGCCCGGACCCGAGAGGCCCAGCUAGAUCGCGAAUCCAGGGCUAGGGAGGCUCAGUUGGAUAGGGAAGCAAGGGCCAGGGACAACCAGCUGGAGAGGGAGAUUAGGGUUAAGGAGCUCAACAUGAUUGAGGUGGAACUCCAGCGCACCAGGGAUAUUCUCCAUCCCAUGGUGGACGCGGUGGUCUCUGUGGCACAGGUCUUGCGCACAACAGGCAGUAUACUAAAACAGUCGUGCCAGCAGCCGCAAAGUGGAGGGGAUGCCUUUUUGGAAUUGGAAGAUAGGAAAUAAUGUUUCUUCUCUUUUUUUUUUUUUUUUUUUGGCAAUAGUCCAUAGUUACUUCAUUGGACAGAAAAGCGGGGUGAUGUGAGAAAGUGGCUCCUUCAGGAAUUUGAAACACUAAAACUAAGUCUGCUAUUUCUGGACAAUGUUUUCUCUAGCCUGGCAACAAGCUCAGCUGAAUUUGCCCGCCUCCCACUGCCCCAGCUCAAUGAGUCAGAAACAUAAUGUUAUUUGGUGUGAUUUUCUUUUUAAAAGCCUAGAAAGAGCACUAGCUUCUUGGCUCAAAUCGUCACUUUUUCCGUCAAGUUUCAGUGUCUUGGGCAUCUGUUUGAGGGCUCUAACUUCUGUGUGACCUUUUGUACCAAGAACACAUAUUAGAGUACAAAUUACAUUCAGAUAUCCUCAAAUCAAAUAUGUGUGUUUGUGUGUGUAUGUCUUUAAUUUACAGCUUUUUUUCUAUUCCAAACAAUCACAAGCAGGUGUGCAUUCCUUUCGCAACUGCUGGAGACAAAUAACAGGGGAAGGUCUCCACCUUCUACUACUACUAUUACUACUUAUAUACUGCUUUUGAAUGGAAGUUCUCAAAGCCGUUUACAUAGGAAAAAUAAUAAUAAUGAGGAGAUGGUUCCCUUCCCCAGAGGGCUCACAAUCUAAAAAGAAACACACCAGCAACACACACUGGAGGGAUGCUGUGCUGGGACUGAAUAGGGCCAGUUGCUCUCCCCCUGCUUAAUAUAAAGAGAAUCGCCACUUUGAAAGGUGCCCUUUUGCCCAAUUAGCAGGGGCCUUCAUGCCCUGCAUGUGGACUUCCAACAUGGGCUGGCCAUUGUUGAAAGCAGAACAGGAUGUCCUCUUGGACUGAUCCAGCAAAGCUUUUAUGUUCUUUCCCCACGGCUACUCAAUGUGAGUAUCAGUGUACAAAGAACAAUAUAAGGCUUAAAUUGAUUUUGUUUAAAAUCGUUUCCUACAACCUACCUUUGGCUGCGUUCAGUUCAUCUUCCAAACCGUGUUCAUGUGUGACAUGCAUAGUGUGAGAGGAGCUUCACUCCACUUUCUACUAAAGUAAAGUGUGCCAUCAAGUUGAUUUUGACUCCAGGUGCCCACAGAGCCCUAUGGCUUUAUUUUGGUAGAAUACAGGAGGGGCUUACCGUUGCCUCCUCCCGUGCAGUAUGAGAUGAUGCUUUUCAGCAUCUUCCUAUAUCACUGCUGCCCGAUAUAGUAGCAGUGGGGAUUCGAACCCGCAACCUUCUGCUUGUUAGUCAAGCAUUUCCCCGCUGCGCCCAAACCAGGCCUUUUCUAGGAUUGCCCCGAGGCUCUGGAACACACUCCCAAAUGAAAUCAGAAUCUCCCCAUCUCUGGUUGUUUUUAAAUGACUUUUGAAAACACACCUGUUUCAUUAGGCUUUUAGUUUAUGAUGUUUUAAAAAUUUUUAUUUAUGGUAAUUUUAAUCUGUUUUGUAUGAUUUUUAGGUUUUAGUUACCACUUGUUUAAAUUGUAAAUCUCGCUGAGAUUUUAUAUAGAGUGGAAUAUACAUGCAUUAAAUAAAUAAAAAAAUAAAAAUAAAAAUGCCUUUAAUCAUGUAACAUAAUGGUUUCAGUCUAA